CUUAUUCUUAUAAGGCUUGGCCAGAGCUCGUUAAAUUGCUGCAAUAAUCAUGGAUGCAUCCACACUAACAAAGCUCUUCUCCCUUCACACUUUGCUUCUGCUUCUCCACCAAUCCCACUGCAAAACUUUAACCGCAAUCACUCCGAGCCUUCCCAUGCAUGAUGGCGACUUUUUGAUCUCUGAGAACAAAAACUUCGUGCUUGGAUUCUUCAGCCCCGGGAACUCUCAGAACCGCUUCAUCGGGACUUGGUACAAGGUUAGUAACCAGACAGUUUUCUGGGUCGCUAACAGAGACAGACCAAUCAAUGAUACCUCUGGGGUUCUCUCGAUCAACUCCCAAGGAGACCUUGUUCUCCAUUGUGGCAGCAAUAGUAGCUCACCCCUUUGGUGGUCGAAUAUGUCGAGAACAAUUUCAGACAAUAACUUCAACACUGCUCAGCUUCAAGACACAGGCAACUUCAUCCUGCGCCAAAGGCUCAGCAACCGUGUCGCGUGGCAGAGUUUUGAUCAUCCAACAGAUACCCUGAUGCCUUUCCUGAAACUUGGGCUGAACCGGAGAACUGGCCUGGAUCGGGCCCUGAUUUCCUGGCGGUCCAAGGAUGACCCUAGACCGGGGAAUUUCACUCUCAGGAUUGACCAGACCGGUUACCCACAACAGUUCCUUUACAGUAAUGGGGCUCCACGCUGGCGGGGAGGGCCGUGGACGGGCCAGCGCUGGAGCGGUGUGCCCCAAAUGCCCAACAGCUCGAUCUUCAAUGACACCUAUGUCAAUAACCAGGAAGAGGUCUCAUAUCUCCUUGGUUUAAGAAACCCGUCGAUCAUAGCAAGGGUGGUGGUGGACCCCAUGGGCUUUUUUAAGGCACAAGCCUACUAUGGCCAGUGGAGCGACUUCUGGGGCGCCCCAAAUCCCUCGGAGCAGUGCGACAAUUACAAGUUCUGCGGGCCUAACAGCAAUUGCAACUCCUCGGCCCAAGUCAUAUGCAAUUGCCUCCCUGGCUUUGAGCCCCAUUCACUGGGAGAUUGGAACCUCAGAAAGUGGUCUGGUGGAUGCAUAAGGUCCCCUGGCGCCUCCACAUGUCGGAGCGGGGAAGGAUUUGUCAAGAUGGCCCUUGUGAAGGUCCCGGACACUUCCCAAGCGUAUGUUAACAUGAGCCUGAGCCUCAAAGAAUGCAAACAGGAGUGCCUAAAGAACUGUUCCUGUACGGCCUACACAAGCGCUGAUGAAAGAAAUGGGGGCAAGGGGUGCUUGCAAUGGUACGACGAUCUGCUGGAUAUAAUGACGUUUUCUGAUAUUGGACAGGAUUUAUAUAUACGGGUUGAUGCAGCCACUUUAGGUACUUAUGAACUAACAGCUCAUUCGACAGAGAAGAAAGGAUCUCCUGGGAAGUGGUUAAUAGGGCUAACCGUAUCAGCUGGUAUGAUUCUGGUGCUGCUGAUCAUCUUGUUUAUAAUGAAGAAAAGGCACCGGAGAGCAAGGCCUUCUGCUACCCCAAGUGCUGCACAUCUUGAGAAUGAUGAACCUGGGAAUAUGCAUCAGGACCUCGAAUAUGACAGGAGAACCUCAGAUUUGCCAUUGUUUGAUCUAAGCACCAUAGCCACUGCCACAAAUAAUUUUUCUUUCAUCAAUAAGCUUGGCCGAGGUGGAUUCGGUUCUGUCUAUAAGGGAGUACUAGAAAAUGGAAAGGAAAUAGCGGUUAAGAGAUUGUCGAAAUCUUCGGGGCAAGGAAUCGAAGAGUUUAAGAAUGAGGUCACGUUGAUUGCCAGGCUGCAGCACAGGAAUCUUGUGAAGAUACUAGGCUGCUGUAUCGAAGAAGACGAGAAAAUGUUGAUUUAUGAAUACCUGCCAAAUAAAAGUUUGGACUCAUUUCUUUUCGAUGACAAGAAGAGGCUUUUGCUGGAUUGGAGAAAACGUUUUGAGAUUGCUGGUGGAAUAGCUCGAGGGAUCUUGUACUUACACCAAGACUCAAGGUUCCGGAUCAUCCAUCGGGAUCUGAAAACGAGCAACAUGUUGCUUGAUUCUUCAAUGAACCCAAAAAUCUCCGAUUUUGGCAUGGCUAGGAUAUGCGGAGGGGACCAGAUCGAAGGAAAUACUAGACGAGUUGUAGGGACAUACGGUUACAUGUCACCAGAGUACGCGAUGGAGGGGUUGUUUUCAAUAAAAUCUGAUGUGUACAGUUUUGGAGUCGUGCUGUUGGAGAUCAUUUCUGGGAAAAGAAACAGCAGCUUUAAUCUGGAGAAUCCGUCUUGCAACCUAGUUGGCCUUGUUUGGGAGUUGUGGAAAAAGGGAUCAUCCUUGGACAUUGUCGACCCAUCAAUGGGAAAUAUGUAUCCUGAUUGCGAGGUCCUGAGAUGCAUCCAAAUCGGGUUGCUCUGCGUGCAAGAAUGUCCCAUGGAUAGGCCGACCAUGUCAGUAGUUGUUCACAUGUUAGGAACCAAUGUGACGCUUCCUUCCCCAAAGCAGCCGGCUUUCGCUUUCAAGAGGAUUCAGGGAAGAACCGACAUCUCUUCCUCUGGUGAAAGGCCGAACUCGGUAAACGAAAUGUCCCUUUCUAUUGUCGAACCCCGUUAAACGCAAUGUUCUAGAAAUGGUUUAUUAAGCAAAUGGAACUAGAAUCUCUUUUAGAGAGAAAUUCAAGGGAUAUUGUAUAAAGAUAUCGAAGAAUAUCCAAUAUUUAUGAUAUUUUAUAAACUCUGAUAUCUUCCAGAUUUAUUGUAUUUCGUCUGCUAUAAAUAAGAGCACCUCCAUUAUGUGUGUAAGCCAAUUCAAUCUAU